AUGCCAGAGUCCCCUCUCAGUCCCACAACAGCCCGUCAAAACCCAGCCAGCAGCCUCCUCAGUCACACAGACAGUAGUGGUGGGGAAAGAGUCGCUAAUGGGAACGCUGGCACUCUGAGUGGCGACGACUGGCAGACUCUUCAGUAUAAACAGGUCUUCCUUGCUAUGAUGGCCCCUCAGCAGAUGCAGCAGUUUCUGGCUCCCAACCAGCUGCAGGCUCUGAUCCACCAGAAGCAGCAAGCCCUUCUGCUUCAGCAGCAUCACCUGAAAGAGUUCUACAAGAAGCAGCAACAACAGAUUCAGCUGCUUCAGCAACAGUCCAGUAAGAAAAUCAAAGAGCUCUCCUCUCCCCAGCUCGUCUUCCAGCAGCUCAUCCAACUCCAGCAGCAGCAACAGCAGCAGCUCCUCCGGGCGCACAGACCGGCGCUGUCCUCUCCCGCCCUCUCUCCAGCUUGUCUCAGCCCUGCAGAGAUGCAGCAAGUAUGGAAAGAGCUCACACUGGGAAUGACUGAAGAUAAAACCGCAAUAAAAGCCAAUCGAGAAUCUUCCACUGGCAAAAUAAUGUCAGCAAAAGUCCCAGGGAGACAAGCCGAUGACCAGCAGUCUGCCUGUCCUCACAGAGCUGAAAGCACUGUUAAAGGUGAUCACGCUGCCAAACACGCCCUCUUUGGUCACGGCGUGUGUAAUUGGCCCGGCUGUGAGUCAGUCUGUGAAAACUUCAGCCAGUUUAUCAAGCACAUAAGCAGUGAACACACUCUGGAUGACAGAAGUACAGCCCAGUGCAGAGUCCAGAUGCAGGUGGUUCAGCAGCUUGAGCUUCAGCUCUGCAAAGAACGGGAGCGUCUGCAGGCAAUGAUGGCUCACCUGCAUCUGCCAUCUUUAGAAGCUCAAUCGCUCUCGGCGCCUGCACAGUCGCCACAGUCCGACGCGGCUGCUGACCCGUGCGGCCUGCAGCUCACUUCAGUCAACAGCUUGCCCUCGCUGAACUCAUCAGACCCAGCCCAGGUGUCCCCUCGACCUCUAGAUCCUGUUGGCACUCCAUCCCAGAGGGGUGAGAAAGAGUUCCCCUCUCACACGUCAGGCGUUGGGCCUAUGAGACGUCGUAAUCACCCUCUGGUCUACUCGCUGUCUUCAGAAAAUGAAUAUGAGCUUUACAAAAACACUGAUCUCAGACCACCUUUCACCUAUGCCACACUGAUUCGACAGGCUAUCAUGGAAGCAUCAGACAUGCAACUAACCCUCAACGAUAUAUACAACUGGUUCACAAGGACAUUUGCUUAUUUCCGACGCAACGCCGCCACUUGGAAGAAUGCAGUUCGACACAACUUGAGCCUGCACAAGUGUUUCGUGCGCGUGGAGAAUGUGAAAGGUGCGGUGUGGACUGUGGAUGAGGUGGAAUACCAGAGGAGGCGAUCCCAGAAGAUCACAGGAAAUCCAUCACUGAUGAAAAGUAUUUCCUCCAGUGCAGGUUUUGGGACCCUAAUGAAUUCUGGCUUGCAGACCGCACUGGCAGAGGCGUCACUGCCAGGACUCAAGAAAUUCAACGUAAGAGGAAAUUCAAAGAGUCAAAUACAAAAGAGCAGCAUGGCUGACAGCCACAGAAACCAAAACUUCUCUCCUCGUGUCCAGCCGCCACUUUUCCUUGAAGACAAAAAGCUGAAGAUGAAUGACCAAGGAUGUCUGAUACAGACAGUGAAACCAGUCAGUCUGCAGCCAGACAUGAGUGAAAAUGAUGAAGGGCAUUUGUUUGACCUUGAAUGACUCUUUGACUGUUAAUAAAAGCAGUAAAAUCAGCAUUAAAUCCAUUUAGAAUGUUUUCUAUUCAUCGGCAAAUGUAAUAAAGUAAAUUUAGCUUUGAGUCAGACUAGAGCAGCCUCAAUUUCUCCUCAAUUUCAGCCACACAGCAAAAGAAAGUAGAAUAUAGUGCCACUUGUGGUCUCUGUGCUGGGAAUACUUUUAUCAGAUAUUUAAAUAUUGGACUGUAUAUCUUAAUAACAGUUAUUAUUCAAAUAUCAAACAGUUCUGACAUGUAACAAAUUGACAAGGAUUUAAAGGUGACCGAGAUUAGUCACAUUUCUUUGGAUAAUAGUAUUUUUUGUUUGUUUGUUUGUUUUGUUUGACUUUCUAACGGACAUCUUGCCAAGAAAAUGGCAACAAUUUGGAACAAUUUGUGAUUUUUCACCAAAAACAACCCAUAUCCUUUUGUAUUAAUUCUUUAUGAUGAUAUAGAAAAUGAUUGUUGAUAAUGUUUGUUAAUAUUUUGUGUCUCAAAGACACUUUUAAAUAACUGAAAAGCAUUCAUUGUGCACUGUUUCUUCUGUUUUCACUGUUUCUCUGUUAUGAUUAUUGAUAGAAAAUGUGGGAUUUUCUGUAUACUGAAAUAAAGAUUCUGUUUUUGUUAUUGAGAACACGGUCUGUAUAAUGUGUGUA